AAAUGCGGUGGAAGAUAUGUAUAAAUAUGGGAUAUAUUCAACAAUUUCAUCUUAUUUUCUUGUGUUACAUUUUGAGCUUUGACAAACAAGAAGCUGUUGGAACCUUGAAGAAACAAAAAGGAGUAACAGUACUUCUCUGCCAUGGGAAGAAGACCUGCUAGGUGUUAUCGUCAAAUAAAGGGAAAGCCCUAUCCAAAAUCGCGAUUUAAUCGUGGUGUGCCUGAUCCUAAGAUUAGGAUUUACGACGUUGGCAUGAAGAAAAAAGGGGUCGAUGAGUUCCCGUGCUGUGUGCAUUUGGUUAGUUGGGAGAAAGAGAAUGUGUCUAGUGAGGCAUUGGAAGCUGCACGUAUCGCUUGCAACAAGUACAUGACGAAGAAUGCAGGAAAGGAUGCUUUUCACCUGAGGGUUAGAGCUCAUCCUUUCCAUGUUUUGCGCAUAAAUAAGAUGUUGUCUUGUGCUGGAGCUGAUAGGCUCCAGACAGGUAUGAGGGGAGCAUUCGGCAAGCCUCUUGGGACUUCUGCGCGCAUUUCUAUUGGCCAGGUUUUGCUUUCUGUUAGAUGCAGGGAUUCGGGCUCUCAUCAUGCUCAAGAGGCUUUGCGUCGUGCAAAGUUCAAGUUUCCUGGUCGCCAGAGAAUCAUUGUUAGCAGUAAAUGGGGGUUCACACCAUUCAAGCGUAGCGAUUAUCUGAAAUGGAGAGCUGAGAAAAGGAUCGUGCCAGAUGGCGUCAAUGCUAAGCUCCUUGGCUGUCAUGGACCUUUAGCUGCAAGAGAACCUGGACGAGCGUUUUUACCUGGGACCGUUUGAGACUGAUCGUGAUUCUUGAUACGUUGAGACUUGGGAUACUGUAUAUAUAUAUCAUAUGUUUUGCUAGUGUAGUUUUUUAGCUCUAUAGGAAGUAUAUUAUAUCUAAAUAAAGGAAUCAGAUCCUCUAAAAAUACUCUACUUUUGGAGGAUCCGACGCACAACCCGUCGACAUGCAACAUAAAUGUUAGGAGGAUCUUGGCUUGUACUGUGUAUUUAUUGGCCUACAUUCUCGUAGGGUCUAUAUUCGUGUUGGCUAUGCAGCUAUUAGUAGUGUAUUAUCUCUAAGUUACAAUAAUAUAUGGAAGUAUGAGCUAUGACUA